AUGCAAGUGAUCUACCUCCUUCUAACGUUGGGCUUGGCUCCCUCUGUGGUGCACGCGGACUGCGACGCCGACGUCACCACCGCCAACUCCGUCACGUUGACUCAAGCGUGCACGGACGACCUACAAGGAGGCCCUCCGCCGACGCUCGAGACUGUCUUUGCCGAUUACCGAACCAACGCCAACUCGAUUUACACGUACGGACUGUGCGGGUCGACGACGUGCAAUGCGGAAAUCGCUGCAUCGACGUACCCGACGUGCACUCCCACGACGCCGACGAGUUACACAGCGGAGAUCGCGGGGUUUACCGCAGCCUGCACGGCCUUGACCGGUGCCAUCACGGGGACGUGUACUGCGAGCAACAUUGCCGAUAACCUGUGGGCCAAGAACCUUGUGAACCUCGACGCGGCGUGCGCGACAGCGUUGAGCAAGACUGCUGGCACUGGGUGGUACACGAAUGCGUUUAGCCUCCUGGACAUCACGACCGCCAACACGAUCACGACCAACUACUGUGCCUCCACAGACUGCGUCGCGCUGGCUACGAGCACGAAGGCUGCGUUGGCAAGCUGUACCGAUGCUGCGGGCAACAAUUUCUCCAACUACAACCGCAGCUCCAACUACAGCCGCAGCUCCAACUACAACCGUAGCUCCAACUACAACCGUAGCUCCAACUACAACCGAAGCUCCAACUACAACCGUAGCUCCAACUACAACCGUAGCUCCAACUACAACGACCACCACCACAACACCCGCUCCAGUUGCCACCCCUGUGCCUCCAAGUACAGUGGCCCAACCGACUACCACACCUUGGACGAACCCCACCAUUACCCCAUUGUCUACAACAUUGCCUCUAACUUCCUCGACCCCGCCUACUACGACGACCAUUCCGCCUUCGGUGGGCACUUCGACCCAAAUUAAGAUGAGCUUUGGCCUCACCUGUGACUGCACCUGCCACUUGUAAGGCUACUUGAACUUGUACCAGCAAAUAUAUUCUAAAGUCAAGCCUUGUAUUUCU